AUGGUGUCUAAAACCAUCUCGUCAGCCCUAGUCCAGCCGGAGCGACUGCCAGACGCACAAUUUGCGAAUCUCGGCCUCCGCUAUGGUCCCGUUAGCUGGAACCCGGACUCUCAUAGCAUCAGACGACGACCUUCUAGUUUGUCAACCUUCGCCUGCAGCGCCUCGAGGCGUUCCAAUACCGCAUUGCCGUCUCCAUUCGUUACUGCCAUUGCAAGGCUUUUUAAGCAUCGCAGUAUACAAUCCAACUGUUCGCACGAGUCAACAGCGGCUCACGCGCAAUCAGCUAUGCUCGAGCUGCUGUAUGCAGGUGCUACUCCGCAAGCUGUCUCCGCACCCCACUGCAACCCCAUAUUCUCCGGCUAUGGCUCACAAGUGCAGCAACGGAAUUAA